AUGACGUCACCACGCCGCCCGGCGCACGUCGCCCCCGCCCUCCCCCUCUACUGGGAGCGCGGCUCCUCGGUCGCGCGCGGGGGCAAGUUCCGGGAAUCUCGCUCGGAGCUAUCGCGAGAGCGGAGGGCGGGCGUCUCCCUCCCGGCACCAGACGUCACCGGUCAGUCUGUCCGCGAGGUCAGAGACAAGAUGUCGCCGGGAGCGGCUCGCUGGCUGGCGGCGGCGGCGGCCGCGCGGAAGGCUGGAAGCGGCCUGGGGCAGGGCCCGGUCCCCUCGCGAUCGCUCAUCGCUACCCGCAGCGGAGCCAUCUUGCCCAAGCCGGCUAAAAUGUCCUUCGGCCUUCUCCGGGUCUUCUCCAUCGUGAUUCCCUUCUUGUACGUUGGAACGCUCAUCAGCAAGAAUUUUGCUGCCCUCUUGGAAGAACAUGACAUCUUUGUCCCCGAGGAUGAUGACGAUGACGAUUAGCCGGGUGCCCUGAUCACCCAGAGGGGACGGCCGGCCCUCUCCUGACACUGAAGCCUCUAUAGCAAUCACGUUCUUUCUCCAGUAGCCGUGGGGCAAAGGACAGACCCUCGGCCCUCCAUCUCCACGACCAGCAUUCCCCGAGUGGUGCAGUGGGUGUGAUGUGUAUAACAUAGCCUUGUUAGCCCGAGCUCCCUUGCCCUCUGUGAAGGCCAGGCUAUAGCCCCAGAUAACUUGAACUACGAAUAAAAAGCACUUUGCGACUGAGGCCGGGACAGGA